AUGGUUCAAACACAGGCUACUCUUGCUCUGGAUGACCAGCUGGCUGCUGGCUGGUUUGGUUGGUUUAGGAAUAAGGGGAUCUUGAAACUCAAUGCUAUUUUGUGUUUGUCUCUUAUUUCCAGUUAUGCGACUGGUUAUGAUGGAAGUAUGAUGAAUGGCCUUCAGAGCCUGGAUACCUGGAAAGAGUCGUUCAACCAUCCCGAUGCCCAAGGACUCGCCAUUCUCAACGCCAUCCAAAACAUCGGCCAACUAGCAGCCCUCCCCUUCUGCGCCGGCUUCUGUGACAAAUUUGGCCGUCGCCCAGCCCUCGUCGUAGGCGCCUUCAUAAUGCUAAUCGGAGUCGCCCUCCAAGGCGGCGCCCAAAACACAGGAAUGUUUAUCGCAGCCCGCGGCAUUCUCGGUUUCGGUCUUGCUCUCAACAUCACAGCCGCGCCAGUUCUGAUCAUGGAACUAGCAUACCCCACGCAGCGCGCCCCCAUGGUCUCCAUCUACAACACUCUUUGGGGUCUGGGUGCUUUGUCUGCUGCGUGGAUCACGUACGGAACGUUCAGAAUUGGAAAUUCUUGGGCGUGGAGAAUUCCGUCGAUUUUGCAGGCGCUGUCGAGUGUGUUGCAGAUUUGUCUUUGUUUUGUCAUUGAUGAGUCGCCGAGAUGGUUGGUUAGUAAGGAGAGGGAUGCUGAGGCUGAGAUGUUGUUGGUCAAGUACCAUGCCAAUGGCGAUAGCAGUAAUCCUGCUGUUGCGAUUGAGAUGGAAGAAAUCCGUACUGCGAUUCGUCUUGAGAAUGAAGCUAUGGCGACGACUAGCUAUCUCUCUUUCUUCAAAACCAAGGGAAACCGUCGUCGAUUUUUUAUUAUUCUCUCGGUCGGAUUUUUCAGUCAGUGGAGUGGUAACGGUUUGAUCAGUUACUAUCUGACUCUCAUCCUCAACUCAAUUGGUUACCGAUCGCAAGAAACCCAAACCCUUAUCAACGCCUUGUUGACAAUCUGGGGUCUGUUCUGGGGUGUCGUCUUCUCACUCCUAGUCAACAAAAUCCCCCGACGCACUCUGUUCCUCGGUUCAACUCUCGGUACGCUGGCAACAUACAUCACAUGGACAGCCCUACAAGCAACAUACGAGCAAUCAACCGACGUAAGCGAAGACGGCACCGGUGGUCCUAGUGGCAUUGCCAAGGGUGUUCUAGCCAUGAUCUUCCUCUUCAACGUCUUCUUCACCGCUGGUUGGGGUGUUCUCCAAGUAACAUACGUCGUGGAAAUUCUGCCCUUCAACCUACGCGCGCGCGGUCUUGUACUCUACAACCUUUUCGUCGCAUGCGCGCUUAUCUUCAACCAAUAUGCUAAUCCAAUUGGUGUUGAGAAUGCCAAGUGGAAGUACUACAUCACGUAUGAUGUUUGGCUUGCUGUAGAGGCUCUUGUUGUUUAUUUCUUGUUUGUUGAGACAAGGGGAUUGAGUUUGGAGGAGACGGCUUUGGUGUUGGAUGGUGCCGAGAUGGGUGAUAGGCUUGUUGGUGAGGUGCUGAGAAAUACGGAGAAGGGUGUUCAUGUUAUUGAGACUGAGAAGCGUUCUGCUCUUGCGUAG